GCAGGUUUCGUGGAGGGGGAGAGGAUCCUCAUUUGAGCUUUGUCUAUAACAACAUCCCUCUCUGGAGGAUAGCUCUUUAUUUCGGUAAUAUAACGCGCCAGGCCACUACAUUGAUAACGUUAGUUUAGUAAUAUACUUAUAUACAACGGUAACGUUACCCCGAGGUACAACAAUGCUCCAGUCUCUUGCUAGCAAUUCAUGCGUGCGGUUGAUACAGAGUCACAAAUCGACAUGGUAUUUUGUGUCUCUAGUCUUGGGGUAUGUCCUUUAUCUCGUAUUCGGUGCUGUGGUCUUUUCUUCGGUUGAGCUGCCUUACGAAGACCUCCUGCGCCAGGAGCUGAGAACCAUUAAAAAACAGUUCCUCCAAGAAAACGACUGUCUAUCCGAGGAUCGUCUGGAGAGGUUUCUAAAGAAUGCCCUGGAUGCCAGUAAUUAUGGGGUCUCCAUCCUCAAUAACGCCUCAGAUAACUGGAACUGGGACUUCACCUCUGCGCUGUUUUUCGCGAGCACCGUGCUGUCCACCACAGGUUACGGUCACACAGCCCCACUGUCAAGCGGCGGGAAGGCAUUCUGCAUUAUCUACUCAGUGAUUGGCAUCCCCUUCACCCUCCUCUUCCUCACUGCUGUGGUGCAAAGGAUCAUGGUGUUCAGCACGCGCAGGCCCAUCAUGUACUUCUACAGGCGCUGUGGCGUGUCCAAGCCUCUGGUGGCCAUCGUCCACGCCACCGUCCUCGCCACCAUGGCCGUCUCUUGCUUCUUCCUCAUCCCCGCCGCCAUCUUCUCAGCGCUGGAGGACAACUGGAACUUCCUGGAGUCCUUCUACUUCUGCUUCAUUUCCCUCAGCACCAUCGGCCUGGGAGACUACGUACCUGGAGAGGCCACCAAUCAGAAGUUCAGGGAACUCUACAAAGUGGGCAUCACUGUGUACCUGAUCCUGGGUCUGAUUGUCAUGCUGGUGGUGCUGGAGACCUUCUGCGAGCUGCAGCAGCUGAAGCAGCUGAGGAAGAUCUUCUACCUGAAGAAGGACAAGCCCCAGGACCGCCUCGCCAUCUUGGAGCACGACCACCUGUCCUUCACCACCGUGUCCAACAGAGCCACCGUCUACACCGAGGACAAAACACAGCCGUUUGUUAGCGUGCCGAGUCUGGUGUCUCCCAACGACGAUCCCAUGAUCCAGUAAACAACAAUGUGACAAUGUGACAGUAGGGGCUAAUGCACGCAACACUAUAGACAAGUAUUAGUAUAUCAUAACUGAAGGCAUCAUGCAAAGAUCAGUCCUGCUAACUGUAGUAGUAAAACAAAUAGAUACUAUUCCGAUCAAGUAAGCAAUCUUCUUCAUCAACCCACAAUGCUGACAAUAUAGUGCUCAAAUGUAUGCACAUCAAUAAGGGAGAAAAUGUGUAGUUUAAAACUAUCAAUAAUAGCCUUCUGCUGUAUUUAUGACUCACUAGAGAUGAGCUCCUUCAUGAGCCGUGCUAUUUAUUCCAUAUUUAGGUAACAUUUUUCAAAGUAAUUGGUCUCUUAACCCUAGCUGGAAUAUAGGACAGUUCUCUGUAGUGUCUCGCAUAUUAAAACAUAAAUAUGUAUGUAUCCUAUAAGUAGAGAUGCUUGACAGGUAUGUAGAAUGUACAUAUUCAGGUUAAUGUUUUAAGAUGUACAGUAUGGCGCCAUUGAGAAUGACAACACCUGUUAAAGAUGAGCCAAGCAGUAACUAACACUCAAGAACAAUGCAAGUUAUUAAUAAUUGAGUUCAGAAUUUACUAUAAGGAAUUUUGACAGCAAGAAACAGUUAAUGCUUCAUUUGAUUCGUUUUCCAUUGGAUCGGCUCCUAUUGAUUUCUCUAAAGGUUAGUGAACGUUUCAGGGUCCUGUUUUUCAUUGCAUGAAGUGCGUCACAUGGUUGAUCGAAAGAGAGCUAGCAGUGAUCCUGAACAAAGCUUCUGAAAGAACAGACAAUACAUUAUACGAACCAUAGGUUCGCUGAGCUCUGGAGAAGAUAUCCUGAAAAACAUUACCUUUUUAGAAAAGAAAGUUUCCAAGAAAAACAGCCUUUGAUUAAAAUAACUGCUAGCAAGAACAUAUUUACUCUGCAUAAAACAACAAAGUUGUUUGGUAGCACUUUUGGCUCAUCUUUACGGAGAUGUUGACUUUUCUUUUUGGACUUGACGUUGUCACACAUCUCAUUGUGAGGAAUAGUUUUUACCUGCAGCUAUGUAUAUUUUCUCUACAUGUUGAAGUGAUUUUCGUAGUUGUCCAUGUGUGACAAUAAGCACUGUAAUUUAUUGAUUUGUCCGGAUGGCUUAAUGUGUGCUGGACAGUGUGAAAGGGAAAGUAGAGGUUAACGAGGUUUAAAAAGGGAACGGCAGAGUGCUGGCUGACCCCACGCUUUUCACUGUCGAUAAACGCAGCUCAGAUUGCACAGACGGAGGUACAGAUACAAAUAACUGUUUGGUAUUACUAGGAGAGAAAAGGGACAUGGUUCCAAAGAUUUAAUCAAGAUAUUUUUAAUGGAAAGACAAUGGUACUUUUGAUGAUCUUUAAGGACUUGAUAUUUUCUCUGAGCUUAAAAAAAAGAGCUAUCAGUCUAACAGAAACUAUUUUACUGUAUUAACAUCAUUUGAAUGUAUAUUUUUGACAUAAGGAAGGUUUACAACAUUUUAGAAGUAACUAAUGAAAGUAAUUAUUCACCAUAAAAGGUGCAUUUGGGAAACUCAAAGAGCAAGAGUGCGGCUAAAUCAACCACAUCAGUUUUUAUCUGCUCAUCAACCAAGGAUAACUUUCCAUAGUUGGAAAUUAAAUAUAUACACAUGCACAUUUUGUAUGACAUUUUUAUCGCACUCCUUCAAAAAAGCCUCUGCAUCUGCAGUGAAAAGAUGUGACAUUAUUUCACGCCGUUAUCCAUCCUGUAAUAUUCUGUUUGCCGCAAAUAAACACCCACUCGUACAGUGUAGCAUACUGCUACAAUGCAGACUUUUUACAUGCAUUUAUUAUGAAUUUUAACUAUGUCUCAGUCUCCGUGUGGAACUGAUGUUAUUACCUCAUGUUUCUUUGCUACAACGCCACAUCAAGACAGUCGCAGCCUUUCAUGAAGAAGUCUUGAAUGUAACGUUUUUUAAGCCGUUUGCUCCAGUGAGAUUGACAGCCUGCAGCUUCACGCCUCGCUGCUCUGUUAGGUUAGCGCUGACCAGUUAUUUGAAACGGUCCAGGUGAGCUGUGGCACGGUGUCGUGACCGCUUGCAAAAUUAGCUUUGAAUCACCCGAGUUACUCACUGAUCUUUAAUAUUGUAUUUUCUACAUCAGUGGGAUUUUAGUUGCUUUUUCCACCAGUCUGGGCCUUCGUGUGAACUGUGAAGCAUUCUAACGAAAUGUCUGCUUGAAAAAGAGAAAACUUGUUUUUUUGCCAUGCUAUAUGGUUUCUCUUUUACUGUAAUAUGUUUCACUGUUUUAAAGAAACAUUACAUAGAUUGAUGUCAAGGAUUUUACCCUUCUGUUUUCGGCAGUGUUUGUCACGCACAUACAGUUGGUCUUGAGAGUGAAAAGAAAAUCCGUUCAGGGAGAACACAUUGUGUCAAGGAUUACAAAUGGAAGCACACACUGACAUUAUUUAUUUAAGCUGACAAAAGUAACCUGUUUGGAACAAUUCGAAUCCCAUGUUUCUGUACAUAUCUCUGCAGUUGUUGUGGUGAAUACUGUAAAUUCAUCAGCUCCGGAAAGUAUUUUAGUGUUUAUUCCAAUAAUGGUAAACAACAUUUCAAUGGUGCACCUAGUUUUUCGGUAAAAAAUUCAUUUUAGCAUAAGAAGUGAAUCCAUGAACUGUAAAAUAUCACUGUGUCUUAAAUAAAGUCGGUUUGUUAUUAACUAA